GCGAUAAGGCAAGACAACACCCUAAAUUCACAGAACUGAUGCUCCAUCUCACGCCAUCAUUUUACUCAAUUAUCUCAUCAUAGCCAAUAGAAAACGAGGAGAGGUGGGGUUUGGUGACAUGUAUGUCUUGGGCCAUAAAAUAGGUUUCGGGAUCCGUCUAACUCCAGACCCUUCUGAAGCUUCAUUCAUCCUCUGAAUAUAUUGUGUGGUACAGCAGAACCUCUUGCCAAAAUGAGCCUGUCAGCGAAGGAAAAAGUCAUCGUCAAGGACUUCUUUGCGAAAGUCUCCAGCAGGUCGGACGAGAUCGGCGCCGAGGCUCUCGCCAGGUUGAUCGUGGUGUACCCCCAGACCAAGUCUUACUUCGCCCACUGGAAGGACCUGAGCCCCAACGGCGCUCCGGUUAGGAAGCACGGCAUCACCGUCAUGGGUGGCGUUUACGAGGCGGUGAGCAAGAUCGAUGACCUGGCCGGUGGUCUUCUGAACCUGAGCGAGCUGCACGCCUUCGUUCUUAGAGUUGACCCCGUCAACUUCAAGAUUCUGUCCCACUGCAUCAUGGUGGUCUUGUCCAUGCUGUUCGCCGAGGAAUUCACCCCUCAGAUCCAUGUUGCGGUGGACAAGUUCCUCGCCCUGGUGGCCCUGGCUCUGGCCGAGAAGUACCGCUAAAGGACCAAUCAGCACUCACAGCCGAUGUGGUCCUCAGUGUGGAAAUAAAAGGUCUUCUUUACUGAGAAAUACAGUAAAGUUUCAAUGGUCUUUCUUUGUACUUUUGUAAUUAAAAAAAUGGGGAAAGGACGUUUGUGAGUUAGCUAUAAAAAGAGGAUGUCAUAGUCGACAAUAAGAGACUAAAAAAAUGGAGUCACAAACUAUAAAGCAAAUACUUUCUACUAAUUUCAUUUUUUUUAAAUAGCAAAAAAUGUUAUGAAUGACACUAUUAAAUUCCAAUACUACUUAUCCCAAUAAAUUGAAAUGUUCGCAAAAUGACUUAUAAUCAAUAUUAAUAGCUAUGCUAUACUAAUAACAAACA